AGGCCAAACCCACCCACUUGAUGUAGGCCUACUGUCAGGAGGGGAAGUCUAUAUAAACCCUCGCAAUUGUUAUUUCAAGGUUAGCACAAACUGGAUCCUUGUAUCUUGGUUUUACAAUUGAAAGGGAUUAUAUUGCAUAGGAACACAAGUCAAUAAUCAUGUCUCACAGCUGGGGAUAUGGACCAUCUGAUGGACCUGAGAAGUGGUGUGAUGGCUUUCCUGUUGCUAAUGGACCCAGGCAGUCUCCUAUUGAUAUUAUUCCUGGUCAAACCUCCUAUGAUUCUACCUUGAAGCCCCUCAAACUGAAAUAUGACCCAUCCAACUCCACAGACAUUCUGAACAAUGGCCAUUCCUUCCAAGUUGGCUUUGUGGAUGAUGUUGACAGUUCAACACUGACCGGAGGCCCCAUCACUGGCAUAUACAGGCUGAAGCAGUUCCACUUCCACUGGGGCGCCAGUGACGACAGGGGCUCUGAGCACACCGUCAAUGGAAUCAAGUUCCCCUGUGAGCUCCAUCUGGUGCACUGGAACACCAAGUACCCUAGCUUUGGUGAGGCCGCUAGUGAACCCGAUGGACUCGCUGUGGUUGGAGUGUUUCUGAAGAUUGGUGCUGCAAACCCCAGACUGCAGAAGGUUCUCGAUGCUCUGGGGGCCAUCAAAUCAAAGGGAAAGCAAACUACAUUUUCCAACUUUGAUGCCAAAACUCUGUUGCCUUGCUCACUGGACUACUGGACAUAUGAUGGCUCCCUGACCACUCCCCCUCUGCUGGAGAGUGUCACCUGGAUCGUCCUGAAGGAACCGAUCAGUGUCAGCCCUACCCAGGACAAUGCGAGACCCACAUGGUUUACAACGAGGCUCAGGUGAAUUACUGACCAGAGAGAUGGGUAAAUUCCGCAGCUUAAUGUUCAGUGGUGAUGGAGAGGCACCUUGCUGCAUGCAGGACAACUACCGGCCCCCUCAGCCUCUCAAGGGACGCAAGGUCCGCCGGUCCUUCAAGUAAACAGCUAUGCAUCACGCCAUCCCCCAUCCCACCAUUGCCGAUCCCCAACCUUUCCCCUAGAUUAUAUAUAUAUUGUGUGCCAUUUUAUAUGCAUUGCGAUCAGAAUCUGCAGAUUGUUAACCCUAUAGACAAUACAAUCAGUAAUCAGAAAACAGAAAGGAAACCUAAACCUAAACCAAUGCAGUUUAAUAACAAGAGCCAGUGUAGAUGAGAUUAUUGUGCCGAUAUGGAUGGACAGCACUUUAUACGCCUGGCCUGCCUGCCCCUCCUGUAAUCCCUGACGAUAAACCUCAGGAUCACCCCAGAUUAACGUCAUUUAGCUGCCUGUCACUGCAAUAAGAGACGACUGACUCAGUCAGUCAGCCCGUCAGAGAUAGAGGCCUUUUAUAGUAUAAUACUACUGGGCUUCUACUCUCAAUAAGCACAAGGAGAGAUGGAAUCUUGAAUUACAUGCCUUCAAUUUUUGGAUUGUGUCUCUAAAUCGUCAUCAGUGUUUUUACUUUAGAUUACAGGUCAAUACUGAAAAGAAGAGAUCCAAUUCAAGUGAUUAUUUUUUUAACGACUCAUAACUUACUACCUACCCCAGUGCAUUAACAUUGUGUCUUAAAAUCAUGAGAGUGAAAGAAGAUGUUGUGUGAGAUGUCAUAUCAUCCAAGUCCAUCCAUUGAAAGAAAUCACUGACUGAGGGACUAGAGUAAUGUGUGUUUUAGUUUUAUUUAAAUAAAUGUUAUAUUGAAAAAUGUAAUCUUGAAGUAUGUUUUAAAUGUUUUUGGAAAUACCUGGAAUGAUUUUUAAGCCUUGCGUAUAAUUAAUGUUAAAAUGGGAAUGGAAGGUUUGUGUGAUUCGUUCAUGUCAAAUUUGAUGGAUGGGAAUUUGAUCAGUGAAAUAAAUGGCAUAACUGUACC